AUGAAGGAAGAGGAACCGCAAGAAAUCAAGCCAAUUUGGAACCCAGCGGCGCUGAUUGCCGACAGGCUCAAGUUGAGUCGUAGGAGUGUGAGCAAUGUCAUCAGUCUUCUCAACCAGGGAGCCACCAUUCCGUUUAUCGCCAGGUACAGGAAAGAGAUGACUGAAAAUAUGGAGCCAGAAAUACUGAGAGAAGUUGCUGAAGGAGUUGAAGAACUCAAAACAGUGGAGACAAAAGUACAGAGUGUCUACACGUCCAUUAAAAAGAUGGGCAAAAUGACCGCAAAUCUGGACACGUCUCUCAGAUGCACCACUUCCCUGGCAGAAGUGGAAACUUUGUAUGCACCCUUCAAGCCUGGUCACAAAGGUACCUAUGCUGAACGAGCCAGAGCCCUGGGUCUGGAGACACUGGCCCAAAAUCUGCUGGAGGGAAAGUAUGUCUCUCUCCACUCAGCAGUCAAUGUCAACACCAAAGGUCUACAGUCAGUUGGGGAUGUGGAGAAGGGAGUCAAACACAUCAUUGCAGAUAUUGUUGCCAAGGACAGUGUUGUCAUGGAGGAGACCAGAAAGUUCUAUGACAGAUGGAAUGUCAUGAUAGAGAGCUGCAAGAACAAGAAGAACUCUGCUGCUGCCAAGAAGAAAGACAAGACCAGCGAGAAAGUCAAAGCCAGCCCGGGCAAGGAAAAUGCCAGAAAUCAAGAGCAGAAGUUUGAGCAGUACUUUGAGUUCAAGCUGCCAGUGAAGUCUGUGAGACCACAUCAGAUCCUGGCUCUGAACCGGGGUGAGGACCUGAAGAUUUUAACCGUGAAGAUCACUGUUGCUGAUGGUGCCAAAAAUAUUUUCAUGAACUUUACAACGAACAAGUAUUUGAGGAACGUGCAGUUCCCAGAGAACUGCACCCUGAUUAGACAAGCCAUUGUUGAUGCCUACGACAGACUCAUUGAACCAAUGUUGUGUAGACAGAUCCGGUCAGACCUGACGAAAAAUGCAGAGAAGGCUUCAGUCAGUGUGUUUUCUGCCAACUUGAAGAAACUGCUCCUGACACAACCCGUCAAGAACAAAACCAUACUAGGGGUCGAUCCUGGCUUCAGAAAUGGUUGCAAGCUUGCAGUUAUCUCUCCAACUAGUCAGGUUUUGUGGACCGGGGUUGCCUACCUCCACAGCUCACCCAAUACCUAUCAGGAGAUGAGGACCAUCUCAACAGCUGUCAACAAUUACAGGUGUGAGAUAAUCACUAUUGGCAAUGGCGUGGCCUGUCGUGAGACAGAGAAAAUUGUUUCUGACAUGAUCAAACAGGGACAGUUUUACUCCAGUACAGUACAGUAUUGUAUUAUUGAUGAGAGUGGAGCCUCCAUCUACAGCGUCUCAGACCAGGCCAAAGUUGACCUCCCAGAUCUGGACCACGCCUUGAGAGGAGCAG